UUUAUCAAAUGGGGGUUAAAAACCACGUAAUAAGUUCAUUAUUGAAAGCGAAAUUGUACUUUCAUUUUAUAAAAUGGCAUGUGCAGAACAUAUUUCAUCAACAAAAUUGUUGUCUGAAAAUGAUCAGGUGAUACUGAGGAAAGGAAAAUGUUGUCAAGUAUUUCAGAUUAAAAAAAAGAGAUUUGUUUGGUUAGAUAAAGUGAAAUUUACAUUAGAUGGAGUUAUUGGACAUCGUUAUGGGACAACUUUCAGAGUCACAAAUGGAGAGAUGGUAAAGGUCAACAAAAAGGAACUAGAUGAAGCUUUCCAGUCAACAGAACAGGGAAAAGAUAACAGAGGAUUACAUGAUUUAGAUUCUAAUCAGAAACUGUCACGUGAUGACAUUGAACUAAUGAAAAAGACCGGUAUGGAAGGGGAGAAAAUCAUUGGUCAGCUGAUAGAAAACAGUACAACAUUUAAAGACAAAACAGAAUACGCACAGGAAAAAUGGAUCAAGAAGAAGAAGAAAAAACAUUUACAGAUUUUUACAGUUUUAAAACCAACAGCCAGAUUAUUGUGUGAAUUGUACCAUGGAAAAGCUCCCCAGAAAAUCUGCCACAUAAGAAUUGACACAUUAGCCCAGAUUUUGACCUACAGUAAUGUUCGGGCCAAUUGUAACAUGGCUGUUGUUGAUACCACUAAUGGACUUGUAGUUGGAGCAGUCUUAGAAAGACUUGGAGGACAUGGAAAGGUUAUACAUUUUCACACAGGAGAAAUGACCAGACCUGCAUUAGAAGCUAUGGAUUUUCCUCAAAACUUUUUGGACAACCUCUAUAGUUUUCCUCUGAAUCAAACCAAUCAGAUAGAGAAUCCAGACUCACCCUAUGAUGAACAAAGUGAAAGUAGAAAUAAAAAUGAAAGUAAAACAGAUCAGACUCAAAAUGAUAGAGGAAAGGAAACUGAAAACAAAAAUAAAAAUGAUACAGAAAGUAUGGAUCAGAGUGAGAAUGAGGUUAAAACAGAAACAAAUGAGACAAAAGAGAAAGAAUGUGAAGAUAUGAGUAAAAGUACAGAUAAUGUAGAAACAAAGGAGACAGAUAAAACAACAGGGAAACCAGAAGGAAACCAGGGGAAAAGAAAGCACAGAGAUAGGGAAACAAGAGAACACAGUAGAAAUCUGAGAAACAAAAGAAUAAGAGAUGCUAAACAGUUGUUGUUACAGAAAAACAUGGAUGGAUUAAUAGUUGCCUGUAAAUAUCAUCCAACACCGAUAGUACUGGCUCUAUUAGACUAUAUAGCUCCCUGCAGACCAAUAGUAUUGUAUAGUCAACACAAAGAGCCAUUAAUGGAUUGUUAUGCUUUCAUGAGAGAAAGAGGAGGAAUUGUAAACUUUAGACUAACUGAGACAUGGCUAAGAGAGUAUCAGGUAUUACCAAUGAGGACACACCCACAUAUAGGGAUGAGUGGAGGAGGAGGAUAUCUGUUGACAGCUCUCACUCUUAUGAAACCUACUUGAUAAUUAUUAUACUUCACUCAAAUAAA